AUGGCUAAUAACAAAAAUAUCGACUUGGACGAGGAAAAUGGAAUCGCGUUAGUUGCAACAGCAAUAACCCUGUUGGCCCUCAGCUGGAUCUCAGUUGGGUUGCGUACCUACACGAGAGUUUGGUUAAUGAAAGGUCAACAACUCGAUGACUGGCUCAUGCUUAUUGCCCAGAUCAUCUUCACUGUAUCAUGCUCUUUCAUCCUGGAAGGUGUUGAAAAAGGAAUAGGAAAACAUAACGACGCUUUCCAGUCUGAUGAGAUCAAAGUACGGGCCCUUAUGUGGCAGGCCUUGGCAACUGCAACUUACAUUCUAGAUAUGAUGUUUAUCAAACUCAGCAUUGGUGUCUUCUUGCUUCGGCUCAGUGUCAAGAAGGUUUACAACUGGAUAAUAUGGAUCAGUCUAGCCAUCAUUACCAUUUGGAGCCUUGUACUCUGGUUUUGGAACCUGUUUCAAUGCGACCCAGUAGAGAUGCAGUGGGACUUCCGUAUCAAAGACGGCACUUGUGUUUCCGCCGACCAAAUCGUCUCAGCUGCCUAUGCGAUAAGUGUCAUGACGGUUCUAUCUGACUGGCUCUAUGCGCUGCUCCCCAUCCCGAUGCUGUGGUCUGUAAAGAUGACAAAACAAGCCAAAGCAACUGUUAUUAUCAUUCUAGGACUGGGUAUAUUUGCAAGUAUCGCAACCUUGGUACGCCUACGCUUUCUCGCUGAUCUUACUGACACCGAGGACAUACUAUUUGCUGGCACCGAUGCCAUGGUUUGGACCCUGAUAGAACCAGGUGUUGCCAUUAUUGCAUCCAGUCUAGCUACCAUACGACCACUUUUACGAACUAUGAAAAUUAAGGGUUUCGAAUCUACCGAUCACACUUACGGCACGGGACAUUCCGGGGUUGGCAAGACCAAUCCAAACCGCCACAAUGCUGGAGUCACGGUUAUGCCAGGCUUCGGUCCCAAUGAUGUCUCGCUGACCAACGUCCCUCCCCAUAGCCACGACCGACCCUAUCCAGACGAUACCUACAUUUUACCUCCUCGACGCCCAACUGAUGGUCCCCUCUCACCCGGACAAACCAGUCUCGCUAAGAGCGAGAUCUUGGUGCUACAAAGCAACAUAUCGCCUCCACAGACACCUCCCGGAACCCAAAUGUAUCGAUCUCCUUCUGGAUCCUUUGACCAGAUCCACGAUCUCGAGGCACAGAGUCAAGAUCUCGAGCGCCUUAAUAUUAGAGGGAAAAGGAGAUGA